AUGUUUUUUUCAACUCAGGAAGGUGACCUAAUUGUGGGGGAGGUACAUGAGAUAUAUAAGGACGGAAGUUUACAAUUGCAUAUGCCGGGGCAACGCUCAGGUCGCCUAGGUGGUGGAUGUCUGCUCAAACUUCCACCUAACUGCAUCAAGCGGCAGAAACUCCACCGCCAUCGCCUUCUUGUGCCACGCGCAAGUGCCCUGCUUCGUGAAUCCUUCCCUGCCAGCUCCCUUAGCAGUGGUGGCCUUGACCUAGUUUCCGCGACUCGGGUUGGCCUUAUACUUGGCUGCAAUGGCUUGGUCUGGGUAGGUCUGGCUUCUGGCGCUGAUUGGUCUGGAGAUGCUCCCCAUCAAACCGACUCAAACUCCCAGCCUGAAAUUGAGACAGACUCUCUUGAUCCCAUGGAACGGCGUCGACUAGCUGUGGAUGAGCGACUGGCGGUUGCUCGCGUACGGAAUUGCAUCCUGGCCUUAGCCCGUCACCGAGUUCCUAUUUGGGAGAUGAGCGUUUUAGCUGCCUUUGAGGCCAGUUGGCUUGAGGACCGGCAUCAAAUAAUAUCAGGGCCGGAGGCGAUUGCGACUGAUACCGAAGCAGCUACAAUCGAUCUCUUCGCUGGAAUUGCUGGUCUCCUUCAAGCUGACGCCUCUCGUCGACUUGCUGCCCUUGUCGCUGCUAAGAUAGAAGCCUCCUUUUGA